UGUACCGCAGCUCAAAGAAGAGAAGCUGUACGUGGACCAAUGAGAAUCGACGGAAAAGUAGCAGACGCUUUGGGAUGUCUGCGGGAACUGUCAGAACAGGUGGAGGCGUCGCUUCAGCUUCACUGCUGCUCUACUGUCGCUCGGACUGUCACCAUGAAGCUGAUACCCUUUCAUGUCGGGGGAACCUCCUUCAUCCUGGCCGUCCUCUUGGUGCUGCAUUACUGUCACAUAGCCAGCAUUCUUGGCCACAAGUCUGGAGGCGAUUUAAUCGUGGUGGAAAACCCAGAACAUGAGGCUGUAAACGGUGAAGAGGAAGACGUGGCAGUAGAUGAUGUGGAAGAUGAUGAAUUAGACGUUGUCCAGCCCAGUGAGCAGUGGCAGACACUUAAACCAGGUCAGGCAGUGCCACAAGGUUCUCACGUGAGGCUGAAUCUGCAGACAGGUGAGAGGGAGGUCAGACUGGGAGAAGAGCAGCUGAAAUACUGGACAGAGGAGCACAGGGAGGAAGAAGAUUCCUUUAAUCCCGAUGAGCUGAAACGAGCCAUGAAGAAGAUAAAAGAGGACUGGAAGCUUGCAAGCAAGGACACAGAGCAGAAGGACUCUGCGGCUUCUAAGUUUCGCACAAUGGAGGAGUUGAAGAAAGACAUGGCUCAGCUGGACCUGCUGCUGGAGACGGAUGUUCAGAUAAUGAGGCGUCUGCUGGAGCAGUUCAACAGCAGCAACUCAACUAGCGAACAAAGACUGAGCAUCCUGACGGAGCUCGAAUAUCUGGUGCAUCAGGUGGAUAAUGCUCAGACUCUGUGCUCCAUGGGGGGCCUCCAGUUCCUUUUAGAAGGUCUGAACAGCUCUGACUUCAGAUUACAGGAAAGCUCUGCUUUCGUCCUGGGCUCUGCAUUAGCCAGUAAUCCAGCAGUUCAAGUUGAAGCCGUGGAGAAUGGCGCUCUGCAGACACUGUUAACCACGCUGGCCACUGCUCAGCAACUCAGAGUCCAAAAAAAGGUUCUGUUUGCAGUGGCUUCCCUCUUGCGUCACUUCCCCUAUGCACAGCGUCACUUCCUGACACGUGGGGGUCUGCAGGUCCUGUCAGAGCUGUUCAGGACUGACAACAGUGGAAUUCUGCGUACACGCAUCGUCACCAUGUUAUACGAUAUGAUUACUGAGAAGGAGCUGAUCUUCCAGGGAGGUCUGGACCCAGUACUGGACGCGUCUCAUGAUGAGCGGCGGCGUCAGUACUCUAAGGUGUCUUUGCAGGAGGAGCUGUUGGAGAAGGGCUGGUGCAUUCUGGUCCCACAGCUCCUGGAGUCUUCAGAGAAUGACUACAGAGAGAAGGCUCUCCGGGCUUUGUUGGCAAUGGCUCCAGUGUGUUUGGAUCAGUACCGCUCAGACGGCUCUCUGCAGGCUUCUCUUCACUCUCUGAAGCAAGAGUACCAGGACAUGAUCCAGUCAGAAAUAAUUCUAGCAGAAGCGAACAGCUACUUUGAGGAGAUUGUAGAACUCAUCGAUGCACUGCAAGUGAAAAUGAAAUGAUCAGAGGACAGCACUUUGACGUUUCAUGUGAACAUGGCGUACAUCGAGGAGCUGGCACUUUUACUCUGUUGGGGUCAGACAGUCGAUCGCAGAGCAGUGGACAAGGAACACAAUUUUGAGGACAUAACGAGUGAGCUGGAAGACAGAGCUGCGAUUAGUCAGCAUGAACACAACCAACAAAUACUUCACGUGUUGCCUAAAAAUGUUCUCCACACGUCUGAAGCUGUUCGUAUGGCCUCUCUGAGAGGUCACAUCGAGGGUGAUUUUACCAUCAAUAACGUUACUUUUCUUCCAAUCACUGUGGUGAGUGGGUAGGGUGGUGUGUGGGUAGGGUGGUGUGUGGGUAGGGUGGUGUGUGGGUAGGGUGGUGUAGUCCAGGUAUGUGCUCCAGAUGCUAUAGAGGAUGUGCACAUACUGACUGCACACACACCGCUAAUCCCAAAGAGCAGUGAUCCCUGUUGCUGUAUGGAGUCUCUUCUGGUUGCCGUCACAAGUGAAUGUGUCACAGAAGGAAUUGGUUCACAGUGACGGUGGCAUGGUGAUGGCCAUGUAGUCCCGCUGCACGUUUGAUGGGAAGCAAGAGCUGGGUCAUGUGCUUUGCAGCAACGUCACUUUGCCAGGAUGUAACUGGCUUCACUUCCUCUAACAUUAGACAUCAGGUUGGGUAAGUGCGCGUGUUAUGGGUGUUAAGUCAGAUUCAUGCAGAAGGCAGCGUCGGCAACGUCUGAUCACAAACGUGGAUGUUUACUGGCAGCAGAGCGACGGAUUUUAUGAAGACCGUCAAGCAACACAACAGCUGCAGCUGAAGUAUCUGAAUGUGGAAUAGAGUGCUGUACAUACAGUAUUAAACAACACUGUAUGAUUGCAUGUUCAAGGUUAGCCCUUAAGUUGCUGUGCUUAUCCCCAGAUCCCCCUCUGUAUGCCUCAUGAAAACCAGACUUUGUGACCACAUGGGGAUGUAAAAACUGUUUGACACAAUUUUAAAGUCAUGCCGCUCUGUGUGCUGGACAGUGUGAAUGAUACUGUAACAUGAACGAGUGUUGUUGGUGGCAUACAGACAGAAGGACAUCGUCUGCUGUGCCAGGUGUAGCAGUCCACUUCCAGCUCCUCUAGGUCCUGACCUGAACCCACUGCACCACCCCUUCCCUGCAGCAGAGCCACAGACCACACCCCCACCACAAUUACUGUUUAUGUAACUUAGGCAACCUGACUUACACCCAAUGGAAACACGUUUUUCAUCUGUUUUAAAAUAAGAAAACAGGAUUGUAUUUGAAAUGUUAUUUUCUAAGACUAAUAUGUUCUACUCUAUAGGUUACAGGAAAUUUAA